AUGGAUCCCACCGUUGAGAUCGCAUCCUCGUUCAUCGAGGGUGCCCCGCCCGGCGAGCUCGGCGAUGUCGUUGCCGACAUCAAAGCCCUGACCGAAAGCGACGACAUCAUCCCCUCCCUGGCCCCCGCUUUCGAACGAUACAACCACAAACAGCUGACGACCGUCCGACUGCCCGGAGCGAGUCAGGAGGUCAUCGUGAGCGAAUUCAACCGAUUGGAAGACGGUCGGUACUUUGAUGUUGAGAGUCAGACGUCUUUUGAGGUGGACCAUGUUACGCAGGAAGCGACUGGAUCGCAGACGUACGGGCUGGAAUCGCAGAAUGCGGACUUGAUCAAAUCCCUCCUCAAAGCGAUGGGUAACCAUGCGCGCGAGCACUACCGGAGUUGCUCGUACGGGGUGUACCCAAUCGAGAACGACUCCGCCAUUGCCAUUGUCCUUGUCGCGAACCGCUACUCUCCGAACAACUUCUGGAACGGCCGUUUCCGCUCCGUCUACACCGUGCCCGUGUCCGAGCCGACGACCGUGACGGGUCAGAUCCAGGUGGACGUGCACUACUACGAGGACGGCAACGUAUCGCUCAACACGCACAAGCCGGUGCAUGCGUCCGUGCCGUCGCUGUCGGCGGAGGGCAUCAUGUCGCGGAUUGGGGCGGCGGAGCGCGAUUACCAGGAGCAGCUGAACCGGGCGUUUGUGCAGAUGGCGGAGGGGGCGUUCAAGGGACUGCGACGACAGCUGCCGGUUACGCGACAGAAGGUCGAGUGGGAGAAGGUUGGGGGGUACCGACUGGGACAGGAUAUUGCCGGGGGGCGGUGA